GCCCGAAGCCCGCGCCUAAGCAGGGACUACAUUUCCCAAGGGGCUUCGGCAGAGGCAGCGGCGGCGGGCGCGGCGACGUCCCCCGGAAGUGGAGCCCGGGACUUCCACUCGUGCGUGAGGCGAGCGGAGCCGGAGACAAGAGCAGAGGCCGAACUCGGGAUCUGACAAGAUGGCCGGGCUGCCCCGCAGGAUCAUCAAGGAAACCCAGCGUUUGCUGGCAGAACCAGUUCCUGGCAUUAAAGCAGAACCAGAUGAGAGCAACGCACGUUAUUUUCAUGUGGUCAUUGCUGGCCCCCAGGAUUCCCCCUUUGAGGGAGGGACUUUUAAACUUGAACUAUUCCUUCCAGAAGAAUACCCAAUGGCAGCACCUAAAGUACGUUUCAUGACCAAAAUUUAUCAUCCUAAUGUAGACAAGUUGGGAAGAAUAUGUUUAGAUAUUUUGAAAGAUAAGUGGUCCCCAGCACUGCAGAUCCGCACAGUUCUGCUAUCAAUCCAGGCUUUGUUAAGUGCUCCUAACCCAGAUGAUCCAUUAGCAAACGAUGUAGCCGAGCAGUGGAAGACCAACGAAGCCCAAGCCAUAGAAACAGCGAGAGCAUGGACUAGGCUAUAUGCCAUGAAUAAUAUUUAAAUCCAUCAGAUCAAGUGUACAUCACUUCUCCUGUUCUGCCAAGACUUCUUCCCUUUUUUUUUUUUUGUUUUUUUGUUUGUUUUUGUUUGCAUUUAAUGGACACAGUCUUAGAAACAUUACAGAAUAAAGUCCCAGGCAUCUUCAUCUUUGGUGAUUACAUGCACAUUAGCAAACCUAUGUCUUGUCCUGAUUCACUGUUGUAAAGCAUGAGCAGAGGCUAGGGGUAUGACCAGGUUGUUGUGAGAUGCUGGAGAGCAGUGACUCUCUGCUCCGAUCGUCUCCCCAUCAUGGUUUAGUACAAAGCACUGUGAAUGAAGGUAGUUCAGGGUUAGCUGCCAGAGGUAUGGGUGUCUUUAUUUUAUUUCUUACGGGGAAAGUAGUUUAAUUUUAUGGCUGCCUUUCCCCUUCCCCGUCUUAAGGGAUCUAAUUGCAGUGGUUAAAUGCAGCUAACCAGUUUUUUUAGAGUAUGCUCUCUAGCCAAGUCUAACUUUAGACGCUUCUGAUGGACAAGCUUGACUAUCUGAACCAAAAUGGGAACAUUAAAUAAACAUCACAGCCCUCACUAAUAACAUUGUGACUUUGCUGUCGAGUGUAGAUGUCUGCCCUUCAAUCCCCACCCCACCCC